GCACCGGGUUUAAACCCGGUGCUUUGGUAAAAACCCAAUAAACACCCAUAAACUCCCAUAAUCACCCAAAAAAAUAGGUUUUUACGUAUUUUUUUGAAAAUAUGUAAGUAAUACCAAUAAAUUAUUUUUAUAAAUUGUAUUGAUCAAUUCUACAAUAUUAAAUAAAACGUUAACUAAUAAUAUUUCAGGAAAUUUUAAAAAUCUAUAUAUAAUAAAAUGAAAGUAAUUAAUUUUCAGUGUUUUCAUGUUGCAGUUGAUCAACAUGUUGGCCUUUUGCUUCCCGUAGAUACUUUAAAAUUUCUUCAUAACACCUCGUUCGCACACAUGGCCGUAUAUAUUUAAAUUCUUGAGCCACUAACAGUCCGAAAUACUAAUUUCUUUUAUCCUCUUCUCCAUAAAUUAAGCAUUUAGAACAGUUUGUUUCUUCUUUCAGUAAAUUUUCUUUUACUUUAUCCUCGUUUUUUUUCUUUGUUGCGACGACGCUGGGUAAAUCAUCUGGACACUGGGUCUCACUAUCGCCAAAUAUAUUUGGAGAUCGGCUUCGGCUACGGCUUGGCAGACAUUUUUUUCUUUCUACAAUUUUAAAUUAAAUUUAUUAGAAUAAAUGCUUCGAACACACGCGAUCUAAGUACCUUUUGUGUUUAUUAUACCUUACCUACCUAGGUAUAAAAAGAGUACUUACGUAGAUUUUCUUUUAUUAACUGUUUUAUACGAAGAUCUUGAUCUCUCAAAUUAGCAUCCAUUUUACUUCCAGUAAUUAUCAACUAAAUUAAUAAUCCACAAAGUAUUAAAUAACGUUUUUAUGAAAUAUUUAGCACAAAAACAAUACCCUUUAAAUAUCGAUCGUCAGUAACUGUGGCUGACUUACCUAUAUUCUAGCAAGCAGGACUGCCAGAUGUGAAGGGGAAAUCCCCAAUAAAUUGUUGCAUGUGACUGAUGAUGUGAGCAUGUUCGUUUCAUAAUAAAAAUGUUGCCAGGUAACCAAAAAGUCGUAUGUUUUUGUGCGAAUUACGAUCAUAAUCUUUACGAUCAUACAUUAAAAAAUAGACAAAUAAUAGUAUGAGUACGAUUUAAAUCGUAUAUCUGUCAACCCUGCUAGCAAGACAGCGACAAAAUCACGUUGCAUAACAAUGUAGCCCAAGCUUAUAUCUUAUGAAAUAUACGGAAGAGAUACGGACUUAGAAAAAACAGAAAUGUUGUUCUUUGUGGAAGUCAUUGAUGAAAUUCUAUGUAUUUUAGCCCGCAAACUUUCUUCAAACAAAAACAGCGCCAUCUAGUAUCGAGUUCUGUAAUUAUCUCUUUGUUUAUGGAUUUGAAGUAAGACCGCCACGCAUGCAAUACAUUAUGACUGGGGAUUCCCCUAUUCGUCGACGCUGAAUAUGAGGCGACGACAAUCACUGUCAAACGUGUUCACUAUUACUCUGACUCUGGUAACGUGACUUCCUGGUAACGUGUUAGGUAGGAAAAGCAGUAAAAAAGUGCAUAUUAAGGGAGCAGAUUUGAAAUAAUAUUUAUACUUAACAAGAAAUAAUUAAAGGUUCAAUGGGGAGACCUAAAGAUUUACGCAUAUGGGAGCACUACCGUACUUUACCAAACAAGUCUGUUUCUUGCAAGCUUUGUAAUAAGGUCUACAAAUUCAGUAAUGCUGCCAAAAUGCUUCAACAUCUUAUCACUUGUCCAAAAUCUCCAGAAACAUUAAAAGACUCUAUGAAACUUAUAAAAGAUAGCUCGUCCAAAACCAAAAUGUCUGGACUGUCAGAGAUAGAGACAAAUGAUUCUUUUAUAAGCCCCUCGUCGUCUGCUAACACUACAAUAAAUGCUGAGUUUCAAGACACCGAUGAUCAUAUAAAAACAGAAUUAGCGAGAGCUAUAUUUGUAACAGGGACGCCAUUAUCGAUGGUGCAACAUCCUUUAUGGAUACAAUUUUUCGAAAAAUUGCAACCAAAAUUUAAAAUACCUUCACGUAAAGCUUUAGCGACAAAAUACUUAGAUAAAAUAUAUAGAGAAAUGCGUUUUGAGUUAAAUGAGGAACUAAAUGCUUGUAGUUACUUACACCUUCAGUGCGAUGGCUGGUCUAAUUUAAGAAAUGAAGGAAUAAUAAACUUUCUUAUAUCAAAACCUCAACCUGCAUACGUUAAAAGUUUGAAUACAGAAAGUAAUCCUCACACUAGUGAAUACCUUAGCCAAGAAGUUGAAAAAGUAAUGAAAGUGUAUGGAGCAAAUAAGUUUCUUGUACUUAUUGGCGAUAACGCUAGAAAUAUACAAAAGGCAUUCGAAUUAACAAAACUCAAAUAUCCACAUGUUGUUCCUCUCGGUUGCUGUGCACAUAUCCUUAACUUGUUGUGCCAAGAUAUUGUAAAGAUACAAGAAGUAACUGUGUUUAUUAUGCAAGCCAUAAAUAUAAUAAAAACUGUUAAAAGGAGUCAACGAUUAAGUUCCUUGUUGAUAAAAUCAAGGCAGGGUGAAGAUUCUACACAAACACUAAAAUUGCCUUGUGCUACAAGAUGGGGAAGUCAUGUUACUUCGUUAAAAAGUUUGAAAGCAAAUAAGAUAGCUUUGCAAAUAUUAACAGUUAGAGAAGAUGUGGUAAUUUCAAGAGAUAUUAAAGAUUUAAUUCUAAGUGAUGAUUUCUGGACGAAGACAGGGGAAUGUAUAAGUAUUUUGGAACCAGUCACUGAAAGCAUAUUUUACUUAGAGAGCGACCAGAAUCGUUUGCAUCGCACAUACAUUACAUUUAGAGAUGUACAAGCUAAGAUACGUUUUGCAUUAAAUGAGAUUUCGACAUUGAGCGAAGAAAGCAAACAGCAGAUUCUAACAUCAGUAUCUUCAAGAUGCAAUAUGGCAAUGAGGCCAAUACAUUUUGCAGCAUAUAUUCUAGACCCCAGGACUCUAGGAGUCGAACUUACUCAAGAGGAAGAACUUAAGGGUAUGGAGUUAAUCUACAAUUUAAGCCAACACUUAAGUUUGUCAAAUGUAAUGGCAGAUUUGGCGUGUUAUAAAGCUAAAGAAAACUUUUGGGCCAGAGGAUUUGUAUGGAGCUCAUUAGAUAGCAUUGAGCCCCUAAUAUGGUGGAAAGGUAUUUGUGGUUCCACUGAGUUAAGCAAAGUAGCGAUUCGUAUUCUAUCAGCUCCCUGUACUUCGGCAGCCACUGAGCGUUCCUUUAGUAUCCAAGGCUACAUACAUAAUAACAAAAGAAAUCGACUUACAACUGAAAGAACUGAAAAAAUUUCAUUCAUUUGUUAUAACUGGAAUCUUAAACAUAAAGCUGAAUGCGAGGACAUUCAGUUUAAUGAAGAAAAUACCUUAGAAGCUUUCAUUGAGCAAGUAAAUGAACAUAACAGUUUAGACGAAAUAGAGCCUAUCGAACCUAUACAAUUCAUCGCUUGUAAUAACUCUGAAUCUGACAGUGAUUGACUGUAGUUUUACAUUUUACUUUCAUCUCUUUCUUAAUAAACUCAAAAUCAAAUUAAAAGUUUUUUAUUCUGUAGGCUGCAUAAUAAUAUUGUCUAUGUCCAGUAUAGUGGACGUCUUGCGGCUGAGAUGACGAUGAUGAAGUACAAAAUCAUAAACACCCAAAAAUUUGGGUGUUUAUGGGGUUUAAACCCAAUAAACCCAAAACACCCGGUUUUUACCCACCAGACUUUAAACCCACCCAGGUGGAUUGCCCAUCUCU